AUGGACUCCUCAUCUAUUGAAGAUCGGAUACCAAUGGGUGGAUCUCAACCGGAUCUAUCGACUAUUUUUACCAAUGAUCCCCAGGUGACAUUAAGGAAGCGUAAAAUACAAGAUCACAGUUGUGAAAUUGGUCAACAAUUAUCUGAUUUCCGUAAGGAUAUUGUGUCUCUUCUGUCCACGUUCACUACGACACACAACGACAACCUCCAGAAAAUGCGUCAAGAUAUAACCUCUGAUAUCAAGGAACAGAUUAAUAGGGUCGCAUCGCUGUCCGAGAGUUUGGUUGAAGAACAAAAUAUAAUAAAGGCAGAUUUGUCAGCCCUUAAGGAUAGAUUGAACACUGCCGAAAAGGAAGUCCUCGUCCUGUCCGACACUUCUAAGGUCUACAAAGAUGCUGACAAGUCUAUCAAGUCCCUGAUCAAGGAAUGUAAUAACGCCAAACAAUUUUCAAUGCUUAACAACCUGGAGAUUUCUGGCAUACCAUUUACAAAGGGAGAAAACCUAUACUCGAUCCUCCGCGACUUAUGUUUGCGCGUUGGGUUUGCGCUGUUGGAGAGUGACGUCGACACCAUUCACCGUGUUCGCCGAUUUGGCAGUAACGAUGAAUCAUCCCAGGUGUUGCGACCCCCCGCCAUAAUCGUGCGGUUCACACAGCGUAAGCGUAAGAACGAGCUAUUGGCAGCAGUCCGUGCCCGCCGCGGCCUCACCACCGCUGAGAUAGGCCUGCCGGGCGUCGCCGUCACCGUGUAUGUAGGAGAUCACCUCACGCCAGCAAACAAAUUGUUAUUGAAGCAGGCGAGAGAACUCAAGGCGGAACUUCAAUAUACAUAUCUAUGGAUACGCGAUUGUACGAAAGUAGCUAGGAUAGAGUGGGUAGACUUGACCGAUGAUGAUUUGGCUGACCCUGAAUACCACAGACCCGACCCACAGGUGCUGAGGUUUACAGUCAAAUUAUCCAGGAGGGAAUUAAAAGAAAUCUAA